GCAGUGACAAUUUCUUUCCUGGUGUUGCUGCUACAGAGAAGGCCGCCACAGAUUCGGAGGUCACCGGGCCGGUGCGUAGGUUUGCAAGGGCGCUGGGGCUGUCCGGCCAGCUAGAGCGAGCCCAAGACACGGAAGGUAGCAGGGCUCGUCCGACCACUGGCAGAGAGAACUCAGAGAAGGCACGGCCCGGACCAGCCCGCGGGCGCCUCCCAGCCUGGUGCCACCGUCACCAAGCGCCGGUGCCUUGCGGAGCAGCUACCGCCACCCCGGUUGCAGCGGCCACACGGAUGCCCGAGCCACGCGGCCCGCGCGGGGGCAGCCGCCGCGGUCGCCAUCCCACGCGAGCUCCCGACACGCACGACUGCUGAUGAAGUGAUUGAGAAGAAAGAGGGAGCACCUUGCCUUUGCAGACAGGACAGCAUGGAGCAGCCGUUUACGGUGAACUCACUGAAGAAGUUAGCUGCUAUGCCUGAUCAUACAGAUGUUUCUCUAAGUCCGGAGGAGCGGGUCCGUGCCCUAAGCAAGCUUGGUUGUAAUAUCUCCAUUAAUGAAGACAUCACCCCACGCCGUUACUUCAGGUCUGGAGUGGAAAUGGAAAGGAUGGCAUCCGUGUAUUUGGAAGAAGGAAACCUGGAAAAUGCCUUUGUUCUUUAUAACAAAUUCAUAACAUUGUUUGUGGAAAAGCUCCCCAGCCAUCGAGAUUACCAGCAAUGUGAAGUACCGGAGAAGCAGGAUAUCAUGAAGAAACUGAAGGAGAUUGCAUUCCCAAGGACAGAUGAGUUGAAAAAGGACCUGCUAAGGAAAUAUAACAUAGAAUACCAAGAGUAUUUGCAAAGCAAAAACAAAUAUAAAGCCGAAAUUCUCAAAAAGUUGGAACACCAGAGACUGAUCGAGGCGGAGCGCAAGCGGAUAGCUCAGAUGCGCCAGCAGCAACUAGAAUCCGAACAGUUCCUGUUUUUUGAAGAUCAACUCAAGAAGCAGGAGUUGGCCCGGGGCCAGAUGCGAGGCCAAGACACCCCAGUGCUGUCUGAGCAGACUGACGGAAGCGGGCUGUCCUGCUUUUCCACCCACCAGAACAACUCUCUACGGAAUGUAUUUGCGGAUCAGCCUCUUAAAAGCGAUGGCAGCGAUUUCGCUGACCACUCUCCUCCAGUGAACAGGGCCUUAAAGCCAGCGGCCACUCUGAGUGCUGUUCAGAAUUUAGUGGUUGAAGGACUGAGGUGUGUGGUUUUGUCAAGAGAUCUUUGCCAUAAAUUUCUGCUGCUGGCUGAAUCUAACACAGUAAGAGGAAUAGAAACCUGUGGGAUCCUGUGUGGCAAACUGACACAUAAUGAAUUCACUAUUACCCAUGUGAUCGUGCCAAAACAGUCUGCGGGCCCAGACUAUUGCGAUGUGGAGAAUGUAGAGGAAUUGUUCAGUGUCCAGGAUCAACAUGGUCUCCUCACGCUUGGAUGGAUUCAUACACACCCCACGCAAACUGCAUUCCUGUCCAGUGUGGAUCUUCAUACUCACUGUUCCUAUCAGCUUAUGUUGCCAGAGGCUAUUGCCAUUGUGUGUUCCCCAAAGCAUAAAGACACUGGCAUUUUCAGGCUCACCAAUGCGGGCAUGCUUGAGGUUUCCAGUUGUAAAAAGAAGGGCUUUCAUCCUCACACCAAGGACCCCAGGCUGUUCAGUAUAUGCAGCCAUGUGUUAGUAAAAGACAUAAAAACAACUGUGUUGGAUCUGAGGUGACAUACUGCAAACACAAGACCAUCCUCACCAGAUACCUGCCAUAGAUACGUGUGGCUGCUGAAUUUCUUAUGAUGUUUCCAGAAGUGACUGAUAUUUUAUAUUUAUAUAUUUUAGACCAAAACUUUGAUAUUUAUUGUUCUUGCACAUUUUGAAGUUUCCUUUUUGGGUUGCUGUGUCUCAAAGGAGGUCACAUGCUGUUCAAUCUAUACCUAUUAAUGUACCCAAAUAAUAUCCUCAGAAAUAAAUUGUGCUGCAAAUAACAAUA